AUGCGCUUAGCAUUUCUCCUCCUUGGCCUCCUAGCCAUAGCGGCCACCGCACGAAAAACCAAUUUUUACAAAUAUCAAAAACGAGCGGAAAAUCCUGAUAAUAACUUGGCCGUCAUUCCAAAUUCCACCGAAUACUGGUUCGAAGUCCCGAUCGACCACUUUGCAUAUGGCUUCGGGGAUACCUACAAAAUGCGGUAUGAGGUGAACCUGGACAACUACAAGCCGGGUGGCCCGAUCUUCUUCUAUGUUGGGAAUGAGGGCAAAAUCGAGAGCUUCAUGUCGGCUACGGGUAUUAUGUGGGACAUUGCCCCAAUGUUCAACGCGGCUGUGAUUUUUGCUGAGCAUAGG